GACGCCUCGCUUUGAUAAAACGUUGCACUUCAGGCUGCAUGUUGAUUUUGGUACCUGUGUUUUUAGAGGAAGGAGACGUUUUUAAUUCAAGUCAGUUCAGCACUGUCGACCUAACUACUGCAUCUCAUGUUGUAGAAGCGUAGAUUUUAAUGUAAGAGACGGUGAACGAUUUUCCAGUUGGAUGUUAAACAUUCCCACUGUCUCAGCAAAGUCUGCCGUCGGUCGUCGUGCGUUCAUCUUUCAGAAGCUCUGCAGCUGGGAAAGAGACAGGUGCUGGGAUGAACAGGUCCAGGGUCUCCCAGCCUACAGUGACCAGGAUAACUCGCAGCUCCAGCUCUCAGGCCAAGCACACCAACCCCACAGAGCCACAGGAAUCUGUGCCGGGUCCAUAUAGAAAACAACGAAGAAAGCAAACAGAUUCAGUUCUGGUUCAAGACCUCAGCCAGAUGAGUGUCAGCGGACAGGUUUUUUCCCCAAGCGAAGGAAAGAUUUCCAGAGCUGGCAGUAAUCCUGGGCAGGCCUCAGGGUCCACAUCUGAUCAGAGCAGACCAUCUUCACGUGUUGGUAAGUCAUCCUCUCGGGGGGGACUUGCCUCUGUGGCCCGGCUCGUGAAGCUGGGCCGCUGUAAGAACGUGGUGGUGGUGGCCGGAGCAGGAAUCAGCACGGCCAGCGGCAUCCCGGACUUCAGAACUCCAGGAACUGGUCUCUAUGCCAACUUGGAGAAAUACAACAUCCCUUACCCAGAAGCCAUUUUCAACAUUGACUACUUCUCCAGCGACCCACAGCCUUUCUUCUCCUUGGCCAAGGCUCUGUAUCCUGGUGCUCACCGUCCCAACUACAUUCACUACUUCAUCCGCAUGCUUCAUCACAAAGGCCUGCUGCUCCGAAUGUACACCCAGAACAUUGAUGGACUGGAGAAAUUGUGUGGAAUUCCAGAUGAAAAGCUUGUGGAGGCGCACGGUAGCUUUGCCACAGCUUCCUGUCACCUGUGCUACACGCCAUAUCCUGCUGAAGAGGCUAAACUUGCUAUAAUCCAUGGCAGCAUCCCCACAUGCUCAUUCUGCUCUGCAACUGUCAAACCAGAUGUUGUGUUUUUUGGAGAGGACCUCCCUCAGAAGUAUUUCCUCCACACAAAAGACUUCCCAAAAGCAGACCUGCUCAUCAUUAUGGGCACAUCUUUACAGAUUGAGCCAUUCGCUAGCUUGGUGAAUACGGUGCGCUCCACGGUGCCACGUCUCCUCCUGAACCGGCAUGCUGUGGGCUCCUUUGAGAGGAUCCCGCUACGGAGGGGAGACCACAUGGAGCUGGGUGAUCUGGCGGAUACCGUCAAGAGGUUUGCUGAAAUGCUCGACUGGAACAGUGAGAUCGAAGAGCUGAUGAGGUCCCAGGAAACCUUGGUGGGUCCAGAGAGCAUCCCUGCAUUAGUAAGCUGUCCUCUGUCAAAAAGCGGACAGACAUCAUGUCAGAGCAGAGCAGCAUCAGAGCCUGGAGGCAACGUGGAAACCUCCAGGCUCAGACCAGGAGCUCAAAGAGCAGCUAGCAGCAGCGAGACAGACUCGGAAACGGACAGCAAAAGCUCUGUAUCAUCCAACACAAGCAACUGACUCUGCAGCCUCUUUAUAAUUCAAGAAGUUUGGGACAGUUUUGUCUCUCCUUACUUUACUUUAACUGUUCUGUAAACACACAGGAUCUCUUCAUCUAAAAGAGUAUUGUGUUUGUGUUCAUUUUAAAUGGUUAAAAGUUCAUAAAGAGGGGAGCCUCAUCCAGAGCACUAGUGAAUGUUUGUUUUUAUGUUAAAGGCAUAUAAAAUGUUCUGUAUCAAUAAAACUGUAUUUUUAAGCAA